AUGGCCCAUGAGCGAGCCUUCAGUGUUGAAGAAACGAUUCGACGAGAUUUUGAAGCCCUCAAGUAUACAAAGGCCAUUGAUAACUUAAAGGUUCUCCGGAAGAAACAAGGAGAAGAGUUGGCGAAGCUCAAGAUCUUUGAGGACCAAGAUAAAACGAACAAAGAAAAGGGAGAUCGAGCUGAGAGGCGAUCUCGGGCCCUCCAAGCCGAGAUAGAGGAAGCUAGGGAACAAUGUAGGACCAUCUCGGAAGAGAUGGCUGAGAUACAGGAUAUGAUUCGCCAAAAACACCAACAGGCGAACAGUUAUCUGAGUAUUGUUCAGGACCUCAAGAACAAACGUGACCAACUGGAGUACCGACAGGAUGCUGUUUCCGAGCUCAAGUCUACCAUUGAGGAGCUCACCGAAAACGACGAGUGGUUGGAGACAGCCCUCUCGCAGUACGAGGAGCGGAUGGCUCGCUAUCAGGCAGAGGCUGACGAAAGUCGUGCUCAAUACUCCACUUAUCAGCAAGAUCUCACGAAGUCUAGGAGGGAACUCUCUAGGCAACUUGCGGAACAGGGAAAGUUGCAAUCGGACAAGGAAAAGCACGAGCGUCAGCUCGUCACCCGCUUGGACAUGAUUCACACGGCGGCGGAUCAGUAUGACUUCCGCGGGUUUGACGGGGAAUUGAGCGAUGUCCAAGUGAAAUCUUUCCAUGAGAGGCUGCAGAAACUCCUCGCUGACAAGAGGCGUGACCUUGAUCGUGUCCAGAAGCAAAACUCGAAGGACGUCAACAAGCUGAACUCGACUAUAUCGUCCCUAGAAAGUCGCAAGUCCGCUCGGACUCAAGACCGCGUCUCCGCAAAACAACGCAUAGGUGCUAUUGAAAAGCGCACAGAUGUCCUAAAAAACGACGCUGAUUUUGAGAGGUCUGGAUUCGAUUCCCAGAUCCAGCAGGAGAACGAAGUGCUUUGGAGUUUAGAGGCCGAGAGCGAGCGGCUGGGUAGGGAGCUGGUAGAGUGCACACGGCUUGCAUCCGAGCGCGCGCAACUGGACUUGCGUAAAGGGGAGCUUGCUGACCGGAAGCGGAAGCUCGACAUCCGAGUGGAUACCGCGAAGGGCAAACUCGACGCUGCGAUCGGCACAGAUUGGUCUUCUGCUACCCUCGAGGGUAAAUUUCAAGAAGCAGUUAGGUGCCAGACAAAGGUCACUUCGCAGGCUCGUCAACAAAGGGAUCACGUUCGAGACAAACUACAAAGUUUGACGUACAAAUUCAAGACGGCUACAGCUAACGAGCAAAGCAAGAAGCAAGAGGCAGAAAGAUGCGAGAAAGCCGUGUACGAUUAUCUCCUUACCGUCAAUGAGGAUGCCGGGACUGCAGAAGAUUAUCCUGGUGAGGUGUCUCAUUAUGAGGAGAAGGUUGAAGAGAGCCGUACGGAGAUUAGCCUGUGGGACGCUUUAGCGCAGUACUAUGGUCAGUGCCAGAACACUUUAAACAAGAAGGGUGCGUGUCGACUUUGCGAGCGGCCCUUCGACGCGGGCCAAGCUGCAUUCAAGUCGCGCAUGGAGAAGAAGAUCAAGGAGAAGCUUAACCCCAAGGAGAAGGAGGAAUCGGAAAAGGAACUUGAAGAGUCAAGCGCGAUUCUCGAUGCCCUCCGGGGUUUGAGAUCGCAGUAUGACACCUAUAAGCGCUUGACUGAGGAGCUGCCAGCCGCGAAGAAAGAGCGCCAAGAGAUCGAGUCAGAAUGCGAAGGUCACGAAAGGCAGUUUGAGGCCCUGUCCGAAGCUGCUGCUCUCGAGGAAGAGAAGCUCCGCGAGGUGGAGAACCUGAAUGAAACUGUCCUCACUAUUAGCCAGAUCCUGCGCGAUAUCAGGGAUUCCGAAAAUCAAAUCGAGAGGAUCACAUCUCAGCAGUCCUCUGGAAUGGCUACGAGGAGUGCCGACGAGAUCCACGAGCUACAAUCUGGCUGUAGCGAGAAAAUGCGCGUGAUCAAGAACAAACUGGCCAAGAUUACGGCAGACAAGCAGAGAGCGCGGGACCAGCUCAAUGCCCUCGAGCUCGAGAAGAGCGAGCUGCGAAACAAGACGAACAAUGCCGCGCGUCAACUCGAACGCAAAUCGGACUUCCUCAAUCAGAUCCAAACGCUGAAAGAAGAACACGCCCAACAACGGGAGUCGAUUCAACGAGCCAACGAGGAUCUAGAGGCCCUGGAGCCCGAGAUGAUCGAAGCCCGAACCCUGCGGGAUGAUACUAUUCAGCAAGGGCGAGUCCGAGAACAAGCCGUUGCCGAAGAGCGUGACGCGGUUGCUAGCACCAUCAGCGAGCUUCGGCUGGUAGAAUCUGAUAUUCAGGAUUAUGCCGAGCGUGGUGGAGACUCAAACCUCACCUCCAACCAGCGCGCCAUCGCUGCCUUGGAGAAGGCGAUUGCAGACGUAGAGAAGGACAUCGCCGAUAAGAAUAUUGGGGAUAAUAUCAAUUAUCGAAAGAAUCUCCGGGUUCUGGAUAGUCUCCGCAAAGACAUUGUGGAGCUGGAGUCGCGGAACGCGGAUGAGGAUUAUGAACGCCUAGUAGCAGAGGCGAGGUCGUAUGAGAGCCACUACAACAAGCUUUUAGCCGAGCGCGGUUCCAUCAUGGGCAGCAUGAAGACGAAAGAUGAGGAGCUUGGGAGGCUUCUUCAGGAGUGGGAGAUGGACUAUAAGGAUGCGGCACGCAAAUACCGCGAGUCCCACAUCAAAGUCGAGACCACCAAGGCGGCCAUCGAGGAUCUCGGGCGCUAUAGUGCGGCGCUCGACAAGGCCAUCAUGCAGUACCACAGCCUGAAGAUGGAGGAGGUGAACCGUAUUGCAGGCGAGCUUUGGCAGAGCACCUACCAGGGCACAGAUAUUGACACGAUCCUUAUCCGCUCUGAUGCGGAGACGUCGACCGGCAAGCGCAACUACAACUACCGCCUAUGCAUGGUCAAGCAAGAUGCGGAGAUGGACAUGAGGGGGCGGUGCAGUGCGGGCCAGAAAGUUCUAGCUUCAAUCAUCAUCCGGCUUGCCCUAGCUGAGAGCUUCGGCGUUAACUGCGGCCUCAUCGCCCUUGACGAGCCAACGACUAACCUCGACCGCGACAACAUCAAAUCCUUGGCUGAGAGCCUCCACGCCAUCAUCAAGGCGCGUCAAGCACAGAGCAAUUUCCAACUCAUCGUCAUCACGCACGACGAGGACUUCCUUAGACACAUGCGGUGCAGUGACUUCUGCGACACGUUUUACAGGGUACGAAGAGACGAUAGGCAGAACAGCGUCAUCUCGAGGGAGAGCAUCACCAAGGUGCUGUAA